ACGCGCUCAGAGCGGAAGCACCAGACGCCAGGCGCCUGCUACAAGCGGGACUAUGAGAGCGACCGUGAGAACCGCUCCCCCGAGCGCUGCUCCCGCGAGCAUCACCGCGGGGCCGACUUCUCCAAGAGCUCCCUGCCCGAGAGGGGCCGCUUCGACAAGUGCCGUAUCCGGCCCUCGGCCUUCAAGGCGGUGGCUGGGAAGGGGCUGGUCUCCAUGCAGGGCCUGUCUUCCUCCAAGGGGCAGAAGCUGUCCAAAAGCAACGGGAGCCUGCACACGCUGCUGUCACAGAGCAGCACAGCGGCCUCACAGCACGGCCCGCUCCGCACCCACCAAUUGUACAAGGCCCUGGAAUCCGGCUACAACUCCAUCCAGAGCUUCCCUUCCUAUGGCUCGCGCCUCAAGCCUGCCCAGAGCCAGUUCAGCGCCUCCAUGGGCCACAUCAACCACAUCGGGGGUUCCUUGGACAGGGUUUCCCGGAGCCCCAGAGACCCCCUGGCCCCCGAGAAGGUGCCUCUGUCCUGCAAAAGCAUGGCGACACUGAGCCGGCUGCAGAGCCCUGGGGAGCCCCCGCCGCCCUAUGAGUUUACCUACUCACUGGAGGACGCGGUGAAGCAGCUGGAGGACCGGCUGCAGGAGACGGGAGGAGAGCUGCGGCAGCUCAAGAGGAGCCUUAGCGAGACCGAAGACCCCUUCACGCAGGGGUUCGAGGACAAGCAGCGGCCGGGGGCGGGGGGGCGGGAUGCUGUGGUGACAGCGUGGGGCUCUGCCUUCCCGGGGUCCCGCUCCCCCAGCAUUUCCUCACCGCUUGCCCAUGCCCUGCAGGUGUGCCAGAAGGCAGCAGAGAUCUCCCUGCUCAAGCAGCAGCUCCGGGAUACCCAGGAGGAGAUGGCUCAGAAGCUGGGUGAGAUCUUCAGCCUGAAGACGCAGCUGCGGGAGGCCAAGGCGGAGGUCCAGGCCAGGGACUCCCAGCUGGCACAACUGGCAGACUCCUUCCAGAGCCCCCCGGAGCCCAGCCGCUCGCUGCCGCUGGGCGACGACCCCAUGCCAGCGUGCCAGGACUUCCCUGGCUGCGAAACUGACGACUCCAAGUGCCGGGGCCUUCACAGUGACACGGCGGAGCCCCUGGAGCGGCAGGUGGAGUGGCUGUGGGCAGAGCUGCUGCGGGAGCGGCGCCAGGGCCAGCUGCAGGCUGUGAACUUUGAGCUGGAGAGGAAGACUUGGCAGGAGGAGAAGGAGAAGGUGCUGCGGUACCAGCGGGAGCUCCAGGCCAGCUACAUGGAGAUGUACCACCGGAGCCAGGCGCUGGAGCGGGAGCUGCGGCAGCUGCGGUCAGAGCCCCGGGACGUCGGGACCGACUCGCCCUGGAUCGG